AUGAAGAUCCAAACAGCGCCAAGGGAAAGUGCUAUUACCUGUGAACCUCCUGUCAUAUCAAACGGAUAUGUAUCAGUCACCAAACCAGUCGUGUAUGGGUCAACUGUAACCUAUCAUUGUAACCAAGGCUUUGUUCUGGAUGGGGAAGGGAGCUCAAGGUGUGCUCAAAAUGGAACUGACAGCGUUUAUGGGAAAUGGACUGACCAGUUGCCUGUGUGUAAAGCUAUAACCUGUGAACCUCCCGUCAUAUCAAACGGACAUGUAUCAGUCACCAAAACAACCGUGUAUGGGUCAACUGUAACCUAUCAUUGUAACCCAGGCUUUGUUCUUGAUGGGAAAGAAAGCUCAAAGUGUACUCAAAAUGGAACUGACAAUGUUUAUGGGAAAUGGACUGACCAGUUGCCUGUGUGCAAAGCUAUUACCUGUGAACCUCCUGUCAUAUCCAACGGACACGCAUCAGUCACCAAACCAGCCGUGUAUGGGUCAACUGUAACCUAUCAUUGUAACCAAGGCUUUGUUCUCGAUGGGAAAGGAAACUCCAAGUGUAUUCAAAACGGAACUGACAGCGUUUAUGGGAAAUGGAAUGACCAGUCCCCUGUGUGCAAAGCUAUAACCUGUGAACCUCCUGUCAUAUCAAACGGACAUGUAUCAGUCACCAAACCAGCCGUGUAUGGGUCAACUGUAACCUAUCAUUGUAACCAAGGCUUUGUUCUCGAUGGGAAAGGAAGCUCCUUGUGUAGUCAAAAUGGAACCGACAAUGUUUACGGGAAAUGGACUGACCAGUCGCCUGUGUGUAAAGGUGAAGUUCCUCCAGAUUGGAGCUUUCCUCAUUUCUUUUCUACAUUUCCCCCAUGUUUUGCCUUGAUCAUUAUCAUUAUCGAUACAAUCCCGUACUUUGAUUCCUUUUCGAGCCAUAAGUUGCGACACACCAUUCUUACUGAAUGGAGAGGUAACAUCGGUCGGGCUAAGUACCCAUGGCACGACAGUAAACUAUAG